AGUUGGAAGUGUGGUAAACGUCAUAUUGAAAGUGGAAGGGAAACGUCUUUAUUGUCAAGACUGUAAUUGGUAUUAUUUAUUCACAGCAGACCAUCAAAGUUUACAGGGUCACCCAUGUGUUCCGCGCUGGUGUUUUGGACGUCACCACCAUGAAGCACCAUGGAAACGGCAAUCAGAGUUUGUUUUGCUCUGAGCUAGGGAAGGCCAAAAGAAGGCACUUGAGUGCUUAUGACUGUGCAGUCCUUGAGCGUAGCCUGCAGGGGAGUCUGUCCCUUACCAGGCCCUUCAGCACACCUCAUACCAGCAAGGCUCUCCACAGGGGACUUUACCCAAGGAAAGGUGUAAAUGACCAUUUGAAGCAGAGGGGCAUCAAAGACUUCUUCCGGGUGACAGGGGUCAGUCCUCGUAAGAUGGCCAAAGGAGUGAAGACAGAGGAGGGCUGCGGCGGCGAUUUCGCCGCGGAGGACGACGUGUUGAAUUUCAACCCUGGGGAUGUCGUCAUGGAGGACUUUAAAGAAGAGCCGGGUUUCAGGGAGGCCGAUCUGAGACAGGGCCUGAAGCGCUCGUCAGAGUGCCUGGGCGGCGACAGUGCAGGGUGCAGCAGCUGGGCGCGACAGCCGGGGGCUGACCGUGUGAAAAAAGAGGACGAGGAAAUACCUGUGGAUUCGCUCCCUGACGUUCAUUACGGACUCCUGGGGAGCACCGAGGGCAAGCAGGAGCCUUCUGGACACAUUGGCCAUCUGCCUGAGGAGAUCCUCACCGUCAUCUUCAGCCACCUGCCAGCGGAGGACCUGUACCGCCACAUCAGCCUCGUCUGCCAGCGCUGGAGGGCCAUAGUUCACGACCCUCUGUUUGUACCCUGGAAAAAGCUGUACUACCAGUACAGAAAGGGGAUGUGUCAGGCUGUGGAGGAGGUUAAGGCAAUCCUCACUGAGGAUCACAUCACAACCGAUGAGAACUCAUGUCUGGUGAAUCUGGUAAAAUACAUGUCCAGGUUUAAGCACAGGCGAAGUGCACAGCCAGCAAGCGUACAGAAGUGUUUGAAAGCUCAUCCCUUAUAUGCUCAGGCUGAAGCAUGUAUGAAGGCCAGGACACCUGAAUUAAAACAAAUCGAUGGGGCUGUGAACGCCUGGGCGGCCAUGGCUCUCAUCGUUCUUCUGGCUCACGGCGUGAAGCAUCUGCAGGCCAUGGUGUCCUGCCUGAGGAGCCCAGCGUCCACCCUUUCCCUCUCCGAGAUCUCGGAGUUUCUGUACUGCAUGGCCACGCUGCUCCUGGCCAUGAGGGAGAAUGGGAUCAGCAUCAGCAACAGGCUGCAUUACAACGUGUUUUACGUUCUGCACCUGUUGGAGAAUUGUCCUACGCGCCCUGGGGAAGCCGGACAGAGAGGGGAAUCUGGCAGCCAAACGCUGUAUCAGCCUGGAGUCACUCCCAUGGCAGAAAUCAGAGUAACCCAUGAACAGCAGCAGAUCCUGAAUCAUGACAUUGAUUCUAGACACGUUGUCAAAAUUAUGGCAUUUGCAGGCACUGGAAAGACGUCCACACUGAUAGAGUACGCCAAGCAGAGGCCACUUCUGCGUUUUUUGUAUGCAGCUUUCAACAAGUCUGUAGCCACGCAAGCCUCUCAGGUCUUCACUAGCAAUGUGGACUGCAAGACCAUCCACUCCCUGGCCUUCAGAGAAGUCGGAUCCAAAUAUCACAAGCUGAAGAAACUGAACCCAUACAGUCUGAACCCGUUCACUGUGGCCUGGAUUCUGCCUAAAGGCAGGGGUGGGUUUGUGCGAGCCAAGCUCGUAACCCAGACUCUUAAAACUUUCUUCGCCUCUGCUGAUGACACCAUAACUGUGGAUCAUGUCCCAAUGCGGUACAAAAACACAAAUGGACAAUAUGCUUUUGUGGAGCAUGAAGAGAAAUUGAAAAUUGUCCACGAUACCGAUGGCAUCUGGGAGAGGAUGAAGGAGUUGAAAGGAACAAGGGAACAAGGCCACUACAUGACACACGAUGGAUACUUGAAGCUUUGGCAGCUUCAAAGACCUCGGCUCUACAGAUAUGAUGCUAUUUUCAUUGAUGAAGCUCAAGAUUGCACUCCAGCAAUCAUGGACAUAGUUUUGUCUCAGCCCUGUGGAAAAAUACUGGUAGGAGACCCUCAUCAGCAGAUCUACACGUUCAGAGGUGCUGUCAAUGCCUUGAAUGAAGUACCACACACGCACAUUUACUACCUAACACAGAGCUUCAGAUUUGGCCCAGAAAUUGCUUACAUUGGAGCCACGAUAUUAGACAUUUGCAAAAAGGUGAAGAAAACGCUUGUUGGUGGAAAUCAAGAAGGGAGUGUUACUGGAACCACAGCGGGAAAGGUUGCAAUUCUAUCCCGUUCAAAUACAAUGGUGUUUGAUGAGGCUGUGAGAGUAACUGAGUGUAAUCCGCCCCCGAAAAUUCACAUUGUUGGUGGUGUGGAUAAUUUUGGAUUAAGAAAGAUUUUAGACAUCUGGAUUCUUUUGCAGCCUGAGGAGGAACGUAAGCAAAAAAACUUGGAAAUAGUUGACAAGUUUAUCCGAAAUUUUUGCCGCAGCUCACUUCGUGGUUACAAAGGCCUGAAGGAGUAUGCUUCCACAGCUGAAGAUGGAGAACUGGAAGGAAAGAUUACUAUGGUUGAGAAAUACAAUCACCGUAUUCCCGAAUUAGUGAAUAGGAUAGAGAAUUGCUCUGUCUCAGACCCAGCCUCUGCAGAUUUUAUUCUGGGAACAGUUCACAAAGCCAAAGGACUAGAAUUUGACACAGUGGUAGUCACAGAUGACUUCAUCAAAGUCCCCUGCGCCAGACAUAAUCUUCAGCGUCUGCCAAGAUUUGGAGAUGGAUCUGUUCCUGAUGAUGAGUGGAACCUGCUGUACGUAGCUGUGACACGGGCCCGAAAAAACCUAGUGAUGACUAAAUCUUUAGAAAAUAUCCUCACCCUGGCUGGGGAAUACUUCUUACGCUCCGAAAUGACUAGUAACCUCGUCACAGACGGCCAACUCCCUCUGUGUGCUGUCCGGGACUGUCAGAACCCAGUGAGAGAAGAAGCUGUCCUUACGAUGCAGAAAAUCCCGAUUAAAUAUGGUGACAGAGUGGAUGCAGGAGGGCCCUUCUGCACUACGUGUGUUGACCAGCGUCUGGGGCCAAUGACUUACUUGAUCGGUCCCCCCGAGCUCACGACAUUGAUGCCCUAUACAGAGGAGCGUGUGGCCCUACCAGUGAACAUCGCCUUGUUGCUUGCUCUGUUUUAAACUUCCCGAAUCUCCACAGAAGGUGCUUUCCACUAAAGCCUUUGCGUCUAAAACGUUGUUGUUUUAGAGUUGUCUCUCUUGCUCAUUGACAUGUUUAUAUGUAUUCUUAAACAAAAUAAAGGGAUAUUUUUGCCUA